CAGAGCGGGUCACAUAUAUAUAUUUUUUUUUACUUUUUUCUCGAGGAAAUGUAAAUAAAAAGUCUCGACCAUGUUCUAGUCAUCAUUCGCAAUUGCUGUACCGUUUUUUUAAUAGGUAAUUAAAUUGUAUAUUUAGUACACAUAACUGUCUAGAAAUUUCAAAAGAAUAUCAUGUCUCAUAAUUUCUUUUUGAACUGAAUCUACUUUAAAAAAUUGCAUUCAUCAACGGCACACCAGAAAUUGAUCAUAAUAAAUCUUUAAACCUCCCUCACUGGUUCCUGGGGCUAAGAGCGACAUAACGAAUUUUGCGUUAUUUUGUCUGCAAAAUUUUAAAACUUGAAUCGAUGUAUGAGUAGAUAGUUGAUUUUUUGGGAAAAUUUGAGGGGGAUUCGAAAAAAAAUUGUGAAGGAUCUCAAAAUACUCUGGAAAAAAUUAUAGGUCUUCUAAUUUUUACCAUCACUUUUCUAUCUACUGCGAUUUAAAAUUUUAAAAUUUUCGUUGAAAAUCGAAAAGAUUUUUUUGAUUAAACACAAGGGUUUUGCAUGAGUUGCAUGACUUACAAAAAUGAUACAAUUUUGAACAUAUUCCAGACUUGUAAAAUAACCCGAAAAAACUGAAAAAAUGUCAAAAACAGCUUUCUUACUUCCAAGUGGAUGUACCUAAUACGCAUGGCCAAUAAUUAUCGUUUUAUCAUCAAUAAUUUUUUUUUUUUGAUUUCCAACGUAUACCUAGGUAUGUAGAUAUAUUUUAAAAUUUGAAUUUCUAGUAGAAAAGCGAUGGUAAAAGCUGGGGGACCCAAAAAUGUUCUCAUUGGUUUUUGAGGUCCCCCAAAAACUUUUUUCAAAUCUACUCCAAUUUGAACAAAAAAAAUGAGUCGAAGACUAUGUAUAUUUGAGUGGAAGAUGAAAAGUACGAGAAAAUCACAAUAGCUGCACUUUUUUGGUAAAAAUUUCAAAUUUUCAAAUUUUUUGUAAGUAUUUGAAUUUUCUAAAAAAUUACCUCGGUCAAAAGAGAAGAAUGUUAAAAGACAAUUAUUGCGUUACUACACUUUUUUGGCGAAAAAUCGUCUUAAAAAGUUCAAAAUUUUCCAUUUUUUAAAAAUAUUUCAUAAAGUGACUACAGGACUCCGCCCUCUGGGCUGCUCCGCUGCCCCCAACCCGGCUCGUUCCUUCGCUUCGUUGUGAAAAAUUGAAUUGAAAUUUAAAAAACAAUACCUAGGUACCUAACUAAAAUUAGAUCAAACGCCAAAAGCAAGAAAACCUAUAGGUUAAAAUAAAAUCAGACACAAAAAUCGAUAUAGGGCUCUACCUAUACCUAUAAAAAAGGAGACCUCAAAAAUACAAACGGAAACAAUAAACAUUGAAAAUCAAAAGACCUCAAAAUGAUGACCAAAAAAAUGUCAUCCUCACAAUCUCGAAAUGAGAUAAAAAAAAUUCUACAAACGAAUUAAUUGACCGUUAAAAAACAAAAUGGAAAAACAAAAUUUUGAAGUUCUAGAAAUGAAAUCGAUAUUGAAAAUACUCAAUUGAAACAAAAAAAUAAAAUUGGAACACCGAAAGUAUUAAGGUAGGAUUUUACGAGAAGAAAAUGUAAAAACAAAAACAUACUCAACAUUUUAGUAUUAAAUUCGAAUGAAAUUAGCCAGUAGUGUAUGAAAAAGUCCUUAUAAGAAGAUUUGAAACGAUACGUUUCAAGAAUAAAAAAAAGUUUUUAAAAUUACUACCUAUUACAGAAAUUAAUUAUGUAUGUGUAAUUUAAAUACAAAAAACAAAGAGUGAAAGGGAAUGAAAAAUAAAUGCAUAAUAAAUAAUAGGAAAAAUUAGAAAAAAAUCACAAUAAAAAAAUGAUGGGAAAUGAUAAAUUGAAUAAAAUAUGAACAAAUGAAGGGCUUUAUGGAAUCCAAAAUUAAAAUAGAAAUUGAAACCAAACAGCAACAUAGAAUAAUAUAGUAAAUAUGAAAAUGUAGAUAGAACUGGAAACAAAACAAACACAGGCGUAGGUGUCCAGUUGUCCAGCAGUCAGCAAUCAGCAUUCCCUAGAGCGCUUUCUUCAAGUCGAGGCAUUGAAGAGACUUCGCCAUCACUAGUGCAAGUGGUACGUUUAGUUGAGUGGAUGCUAGAAAAGGCUAGAACUGACCACCAGUAUAAUUAAUGACUUAUCUUGUAGGCUUGUUUAGUAUACCUCUACCUACAUAAAUAAGUGUUGUGAGGAUAACAUCAUACCACCUUGGUUAGCUUGUUGUUGUCGUCUGUUUUCUCGACUUUUGAUCGCCUAAGGAAGUUGGUGUUUCUACGCUCAUGUGUUAUAGUUGAUGUGUAAUUGAUUUAUUAAUGGUUAUUUGGUCAUUUGAAAGAACAUCGAAUUUCACCUUAAUUCGAUCUUAGUUCCAUGCAUCUUGAGAAAAUGAUAAACGAAAACCGUCCACUAAUUUAUCCAACCUCUCCGGCCACCUUGCAACAGUUUGCGUUGACUAGAUUGGCGCUAGAUUUAUGUCAUUUUAAACGUUCAUUGAAGGAUUGCGACUUGGAAAACUUCAGUUACGAAAAUGCCUUGCGAAUUGCCGUACCAGCUGGCGUUAUAAAAGUAAUCGAUAAACGCGUCCAAUCGGUUGAUAAAAAAUUAUCGAAAUUGUACCUUCAUUUCCGUAUACGUAAGGACCAGAAGGAUUUUAAAGUCGACUUCAACGAGAGAUACUUCGAUAGCGUGAGUUAUGGUCCUGAUGGCAACAUCUGCUUGGAACUGACUGCCAUGAAAUUAUUAUCGAGUGAGGCGUUGAGCCAGCGAGAGAAGUUUGGAAUCGCGUGUAUGUAUUGUUUCGAAGACGACGUUAGAAGAAUUUGGCCGACGAUAGCCCAUACAUCGGAUCUCAGGGAUGGUUGUUCGGAAGAAGUUAAUCGUACUUUGGUGCAAUAUUGGGCUAUGAAGAUGAUAGGUUCUAGUAAUACUCCGAGGUAUGAACGUAUCGUCAAUUGGAUGACGCUAGAGCGUGUCUGUUGGCCCGCUUUCAAGUAUAUUUUGAACGAGAUGAGCUCGGGAAAGCAUAGAUUCAUCAAAGGCCUGUUACAGAAGGAGUUGAGAUAUGCCAAAUACAUGUUGCCGAAGUUGAAUGAAACGCAGAUGCGAUACGUUUUACAACGUUAUUCGGUUGAAAUUAUCACCAAAUUCGUAUGGAAAGAAAAACACUUGGAUUUCGUUAUGCAAGUUUGGAAUCUAGCGAAAGACCUCAUCAACGUUGAUAAAUUUCUAGAACUGUUGUGUAUUUUGUGCAGUAAAUCGUACAAAUGCGCUGACCAAUCCGAGUGUGAUAAAUUAGUCCACGUGAGAAUAGCUCUCUGUGAAAUCUGGAUCACUGCUCCGAACUCUUUGAAGGACGAAAUUUUCAAAUCCGACAAAGUGGUUAGGAUCUUGAUCGACUUGGAAAAUUUCGAUCUGAAAAAUAAAAUGGAAUGUUACCAUCACGACGUAACAUUUUUCUUGCGCCUCUUCAAGGAUAUGCCUUUCGAAAGCAGGAAUAGUCUGUGGAUUCGAUAUUGGCUCGUGUUUGUUGUUCGCUAUCGUGCGAAAUUUUUAGAUACUUUUUUGAGAUUAUGCAUGACAGAAGAAGAAAUCCCACGGUUCGGAGAAACCGUGAUGCUGGAUUACAAAACAAUUAAACCUUUCCUCGAUUUUUUACUCGAACGACAACUUCACCAAGACUUGAUAGACUACCUGAAGGUAUGUUCACCUAAUCACGAGCUGUUUCGAGAAUUUUUAGCAGACUUCGUUGUAUCGAGCGAUAAAUGGCUCGAUAAUCCGCAAUUCGAUAAAUUCACCGAGCUGAGCAAGUUCAUCGAUGGAUGUUUUAGUGACUAUGACGAGAUCGUGAGCUUCAAGUCGAAGAUUUUUUUCACCCUGCAGUUCCAGAAUGUUCUCAAAAGUAGGCUCGGAAGUGGAAUAGUUGAGGAUAUGGUAUCAAUAACUGAACUGUUUUUAUACAAUGAAUUAGAUCUGAUUAAUGCCAAACGAAAUUUACUCGAAUAUUGGCAAUCUUAUUAUUUAAAAUCGGCUAAGAUAAAUUUUAAUGAUUGUAAACAAUUUUUAUCAUGGUGCAUCGCUGAUACGAAUAAUGUAUCUAGUUCGAAUUGCAAUUUUCCCGUAGAUAGAGUAUUUGAAAUAGUGUUCCUUCACGCCGUUCCUAAACUUUCCGUAUUGUUGGGUCCUUUGAAUAUGAAUAGAUCUGAACCAGAGCCCUUGAUGGCUAGGAAACUAGACGAAUUUAUUAUCGUAGAUGAAUUUUUAAAGUGGUAUUUCGUUACUCCUGAAGCAGUAAGAGAUUACAAACUGGGUAGAAUAUGGCGUCGAGAUAUACCAGAAGUAGGGAAAGUAUUAAGUGUAAGGAAUGAAAGUGUGAUUAAUGAUGUGUUGAGUUGGUUUUUCGAUGGCGAUCUCGAUCAAGUUAGGUAUUUCAAAAAAUGUAAUGAUACCUGCAUUAGAGUAAGUUUGUAAAACCCUCCUCCCCUCAUUUCCGGUUUUUAAAUUUUCCUACGCUGAGAUUUUUCAAUUUUGGUUGGAAUAGAUAUUUCGAAAACGAAGUCUGUUGAAGAAAAACAACUCAUAUUUUUAGCAUUGUAGAAUCCUAAUAUGUAUGCUACAUUUUUGUCUUUUUUAAUCAAUUUUUUUUUCUCAAGAUCCAGAGUCGUUUUUGGUUUGAAAAGUUUGUGUUUGUUUUUAAGAUUUACUUGUAAUUUAGUUUUCUAUUUUGACUCUAAUGAAUCAUUUACGUCGUAUUACUACUCUAGUCUUGAUGACUCUCUCACGGGAAAAAAAAAUUAAUAAAAAUUACUAUUUCAGUAUAGUAACCGGAUACCAUUCAAAAAUAAUAGUGAUUUUUACUCAGCCAAAAAAUACAUUUUACCUAUAGAAUUAGGUAAAAUUUAUUACUCUCAUAGUAAAAUUUACUAAUCUCAUAGUAAAAAUCACAAUAUUUUUGAAUGGGAUCAGGUUACUGUUUGAAAUAGUAAAAAUUAUCCACACUUUUUUUUUCCGUGCUUCGAUGGUGGGUUUACAAUUUUGCAACUAUUGUGCUAGAUCAUGACCGUCACAAUGUUGUUGAAUUUCACAUCAUAUUGAACUCCCAAAUUUAUUAUUACGUUUGUAUGUAUUACUUAGGUACAUCUGAUCAUUUUCCGUAAUUUAUUUACAUAUUAAAAGCUAACUGCAUGCAAGAUGAAAACAAGUUAUCUGAUAACAUUAUCAAUUUUAUCAUAUCGUAACGUUAUUUAGUUGAAAUUAACAUGAGAUUACGUCUCCGAGUGAUAUAUUUUCAUAAUUACCUACCCAGUAAGUCUAAGCUAAGUACGUUCAUUUGUAAUUAUUUUAAUAUGUGCAUAUACCUAUCUACGUAUGUGAACUGAAUUGAAGAGUAAAAAGUUUAUUCAUUUUAUAAAAUUUGAAAAGCAAAUACA